AUGACUACCGAGUUUAAGACCAGCGAUGCUUGUCUCGAAGGCAUUUUGAUGCACGAAGAACCAUUUGAAUCAGUUUCGAUCGACUCUAAUCGUCAACAGGACCAAUCUGAAAAUAGAGAAAUGGAUAUUUUGUCUAUUUAUGAUGCCUUGCGUGAGAUUCUCGUGGACCACAACCAGAACGCAAGUGUGCAGCUUCAACAUCAGUUGAAACGCGGCUCAUUCUCGAGAAAAUUACUAAUUUUUGAAGCCAUGUCAUCUUUGAUGAUCCCCCUUGCCAUAAACCAAUUCGGUCACUUUCUUGUCAACCGUGCCAUUGGAUAUUGUGCAGACACGGCGCAACAUCUGAGUGGUGCAUUUGUACUGCUCGCCUUGUCUCCAGUCGGUGUUCAUGUAGUUUCUCAUGUGCUGGAUGGUCCAGAAGUCUGGAAAAUACAAGUGGUCAGAGAGCUAUUGCAAGAAUCUCUCUUGAUAACACUCACAACACAACACUCUCAAUGUCUGUGGCAUAAGAUCCUUCAAAUGCGUUGGACAGACCCAUCUAUGCCCUUAGAGAUUCGUGAAUCAAUCCACGAUGCCUUGCGCGGUCGAUGGGCAUCCUUUGCUAAUACAGAGACAGGCAGCACCCUAUGUCAACAUCUUUAUGACUCCAAAAUUCUGUGUGACAUGGACGAUGGAAUGCAAGAACUUCUCCAAGAACUUGUCGGUUGCGUUUGUGAUCCAUGGGGUGUAUGGGUCAUCCAACACUUACUGGAGCAUGGAAGUGUGUCUAUACGUGAGUGCAUCGCACAAUGUUUUAUUGUUUCCGCUGCUACAGUCUCGCUUUCCUCAUAUGGAUCAAAGGCUGUACAAUGUGCGUUAAGGUACUGCGGCGAAUCAUUUCAGAACCAGUAUGCAGAUGUGCUGUGCCGAGUUGUACGAGCAGGUCAUGAUAAUGUUAGAUCCGGUGGCGCAAGGCGGCCACUACUAGUUGAUGUGGCUGCCACACAGCAUGGGCUUCCAAUUCUGUCGCUUCUCUUGACGACGAUUCUGCGUGCAAAGCGCACACACCUUGUUGAUAUUAUUCGUGUAAAUGCAUCAUAUUUAAGACGAAACCGCUCUGGAACACGUGUGGUACAGCUUUGUGGUAUGUAUGCACCGCGCAAGAUUAAGCGUUAA